AGCAUUAAAUCGAACCGUCGAUUUUGUGCUUUUGUGCAGUUUGCGAACUGUAAAUUACAUUUUAAGCAAUAAUCUCUUAAAAAUAGUAAAUAACUAAGUGGAAUAUUCUGGUGAUGAAGUGAUAUAGUGUAGUGGAAGUGUUUUAAGUGAGCUGGCGCGCUGGACGGCCCGGAGCGUGAGGGGCCCGCGGAGGCGGAACAGGACCCCUGGAGACACAUGCGUGCCGUGGACGUCGACAGGCAAAUGGCAGCCGAGGAGAGCAGCGCGGUGGAAGGAGACGGGGACAGGGGCCGCUACAGCCUGAUGGUCCGAUGCGCAUCGCAAUCAUCGCUAGAUGAAUGUUCUCAGCGCGCAGAAGCGGCGGGCGGCGCGCGCGCUGCGCACGCUACGCGCUUAUUGGACGCGCUCGCGCGCCUGCGCAGUGAUGACACGCUUUGCGACGUACGACUGAGGGCAUGCGCGGAGGGCGGUGCGGGGGACUCGGAGGACGAAGGCGUCGCCGCACAUCGGGCGGUGCUCGCCGCGAGCUCCCCCUACUUCAGAGCCAUGUUCACGCAAUUCGAUGAGAGGACGAUGCCCACCAUCACCAUACAGAAUGUGGAGCCGGAAGCGUUGCAAGCCAUCGUCGACUACGUGUAUAAUCCUGAUUCCCUGAUCAUCAACGAGGAGAACGUACAGAGCAUCCUGUCGGCGGCGUCCCUGCUGCAGGUGCUGGGCGCGCGCGCGGCGUGCUGCUCGUUCCUGGCGGCGGCGCUGGCGCCGGACAACGCCCUCGGCAUCCGCGCCUUCGCAGAGCUGCACGCUUGUUCGGAACUUGCUCAAGCUGCUGACAGGUUCCUGGACCGCCAUUUUCUUCAGGUUCUCGAACAAGACGAGUUUCUCGGUCUCUCAGCGGAAACACUCGCCCGUCUGUUAGACAGCGACCGUAUUGCUGCCCCUGACGAAGAAGUAAUUUUGGACGCUGUGCUUCGGUGGAUGAGGCAUGAACCAGAAACAAGGCGCGCACACCUAGGCACUUUACUAGCGCACGUGCGCCUCCCCUUGCUGCCGCAGGACGUGCUGGUGGCGCGCGCCGCCGCCGAGCCGCUCGCCUCCGCCGGCGUGCAGGUGAAGGACCUGGUGAUCGAGGCGCUGUCGUUCCACCUGAUGCGGCCGGAGCGGCGCGCGGCGGCCGCGGCGGCGUGCGCGCGCGCCCGGCCGCGCCGGCCCCCGCGCGCGCCGCGAGCGCUGCUCGUGGUGGGCGGCCAGGCGCCCAAGGCUGUGCGGGAGGUGGAGGCGUUCCACUUAGAGUGUGGUCGCUGGCGCGCGUGCGCACCGCUGCCCUCGCGCCGCUGCCGCGCCGGGCUCGCCGUGCUCGAUCAGAAAGUACUCGCCGUCGGCGGGUUCAACGGUACUCUGCGUGUACGCAGCGUAGAUAUAUACUGCCCAGCAACAGACGCUUGGACGGUAGGCCCGGCGCUGUGCUGCCGGCGCUCCACGCUCGGCGUGUGUGUUGUGGACCGGACAGUUUAUGCGGUGGGCGGGUUCGACGGCACAUCUGGCCUAAGCUCCGCAGAAGUCCUAAUGCCCGGCGCGACCGAAUGGCGCCCAAUAGCCAGCAUGAGUACUAGAAGGUCUUCAGUCGGCGUCGGCGUGUUAGCCGGCAAAGUGUACGCCGUCGGCGGCUACGACGGCGCUGCGAGGCAAUGUCUACACUCUGUAGAGAGAUACGACCCGUUGUCGGACACCUGGGAGCCGAUCGCGGACAUGUCGGCGCGGCGCUCGGGCGCCGGCGUGGGCGCGGUGGGCGGCGCGCUGUACGCCGUGGGCGGCCACGACGGGCCCGCCGUGCGCCGCUCCGUCGAGCGCUGGAGCGAGACCGCCGGGACAUGGUCACCAGUAGCCCCAAUGGCGCAUGCGCGCCGCAACGCCGGAGUCGUAGCCCACGAAGGCCGCUUGUACGUGGUCGGAGGCGACGACGGCGCCGCCAACUUAGCCUCCGUCGAAGUGUAUGAUCCCGCCACUGAUAGUUGGAGUUUGCUGCCGGCGCCAAUGGCGUUAGGCAGAAGCUACGCAGGUGUCUGCAUCGUGGAGAGAGCCUGACCCGCGGCCGCGCCCGCUUCCGCUGCCGCCUCCGCCGCCGCCUCCGCCACCGCUCCCGCCACGCGUG